UUCCGGGUGGGAUGAUGUGUCCAGUGAUGUGCCUGAACAUUAAAAAUAAUGUCUUUCUGUUGAAGAAGACAGGGGUUAAAAUGAAUGAAGAUCUGAAGGUUAAUUUGAGCUGGCUGCCUCAGGAUCAUGUAGAAGCCAGCUCUACAGAGAAUGCCUCAGCUGCAGGCUCCUCCCUGGUUCCUGUCGUAGACCCUGAGCCAGAGCUUUUGGUAAACCCCUGGGACAUUGUCUUAUGUACUUCAGGGACCCUUAUCUCCUGCGAAAAUGCCAUUGUGGUUCUGAUCAUUUUCCAUAAUCCCGGUCUUCGCGCCCCCAUGUUCCUCCUGAUAGGCAGCCUGGCACUGGCAGAUCUCUUAGCGGGCAUUGGAUUGAUCAUCAAUUUUGUUUUUGCCUACCUUCUGCAAUCAGAAGCUACAAAACUGGUUACGAUUGGACUGAUCGUUGCCUCUUUCUCAGCAUCUGUUGGCAGCUUGCUGGCUAUUACUGUUGAUCGUUACCUCUCCCUGUAUUACGCUCUGACUUACAAUUCAGAGAGGACUGUCACUUUUACCUAUGUCAUGCUUAUAUUGCUCUGGGGAGCAUCUAUCUGUGUUGGACUGCUGCCUGUAAUGGGCUGGAACUGCCUCAGAGAUGAAUCCACCUGCAGUGUUAUCAGACCACUCACUAAAAAUAAUGCAGCUGUCCUUUCGAUCUCUUUCUUGCUUAUGUUUGCCCUCAUGCUGCAGCUCUACAUUCAGAUCUGUAAAAUUGUGAUGCGCCAUGCCCAUCAGAUUGCCUUGCAACACCAUUUCCUGGCCACUUCCCACUAUGUGACCACCCGAAAAGGAGUGUCUACUUUGGCCAUUAUUUUGGGGACUUUUGCUGCUUGCUGGAUGCCUUUUACACUUUAUUCUUUAAUAGCAGAUUACACCUAUCCUUCUAUAUACACCUAUGCCACCCUCCUGCCAGCUACCUACAAUUCCAUUAUCAAUCCUGUCAUAUAUGCUUUUAGAAACCAGGAGAUACAGAAAGCGCUUUGGCUCAUCUGUUGUGGCUGCAUUCCUUCUAACCUGUCUCAGAGAGCAAGAUCACCCAGUGAUGUCUGAUUGGCAGCCAGGAGGACGCUCCUUAGUAUGUUACUUUCCAGACAUUCUGUCUUUGGUUUAGAUGCAUUCAUUAAAUGGUAUCUGAUGGGUUCAGAUAAAAACCACAGGAUGGACUGACCUUUUUGUAAACAGAAAACCCCAGUGACCGAAAUCAAUUGCGUGGUUUAAGGGAGAUUUCCAAAAUCAAAUUAAUCAGUGUUCUUACAGAUUUAUAAUGUUGCUCAGGGUCUUUUUGUCAUAUUACCCAGACUUUGCCAUGUUUGCCAUGAUUUUACCUUCACCUUUCUAAUUAAAAUUGGAUUAAAACAGCAUACCUCCUUUGAAAUUGUUUAUGUGAUUGAAUUUAGUUAUACUGCAUGUUAUAAUCUGUUGUCAGGAUGUUUUUUUCCUCUUUAAUUUUUUUUAAACAGAAAGAAAAACCAACCAAGUCCUGUUACUGCAUAUGUAUAUCAUCAGAAUGCGCUUCAAAAUAAUGGCCAAUUGUACUGAGUUAUUGGUGUUUAAUCUCAGUGCAACAAAUUUGCUUUAAAUGAGGAAGUACUUGUACAGCUUUUUAUUUUACAUCUCAGCAUGAAUUAGGUUGAUAAUUGUUUUUAAGGGUUACCUGUUUUCUCAUGAGUUCUGGCUGGAUGUUAAACCAAAAGAUAUGCAUUGCUUUCCUUUUCAAAAGUCAACCGUAUGUUUUCCCUUAGAUAUGGGACAUCAGAGAUCACUAUGCUAUUAAUUUUAAAACUGAUUGGUGGGGGGGAGAAUCUCUGAAACUGAUGAAGCAACGUGGCCUCUUUCGGCUAUGCGUUUGUAAUAGAUCAAACACUAAGUUUCUCAGACAAGUUUGUCUUUUCAGAAGAGUUAAAAAAAUCUUUAAUAAAAUAACCAACAAAUUGCUCGCAGCACGUAUUUAGCACUACGUGAAAUGGUUUUCCUAAGUUUGUUUUCAAGUCAAAACUAUUACCGCUUGUUUUCAUUGUUCUCCUAUGUAAUUUUAAAUACUGACGUUUAUAAAUUCUCAGAGCAUAUCUGGUUCAUAAUUGUAUGCAACCAGAACUGCAAGAGGAGACGAAAACAGCGUUUUCUUAUUUUCUGGCAGUUUUAUCCACUACAGAACGUGAUUCUUUGCAUUGUACCCAUGUCAGUUCACUCCAUUGUAAGAUGAUAGUUCUGAUCUAAAAAGCAGAGCUUCCUUUCAUGAAUGGUUAAAUUUCAAACUGCUUCUAACCUUUCACUGGAGCCACAUUAGAAUGCACUAGAAAUAAAGCAUUGUUUUCUAAUUUGAAGACUUGAUUGUCAGGGAGAAAAUAUUCCUGGCAUAUGUCUUUGUGAAAUUUACGGUAUGCCCUCAUGUCAGUUCAUGGAGUUUAGAGUACCACUUCCAUUAGUGUUGAUGGGAGCUAAAUGUGUUCAUGCCCUGGCAUCAGUAGGAGGUUAUUUUCCUUUGAAUGUCUAAGUCAGCAUACUGUAUUGUUGCUUCAGUACCUUCUAUUAAAAAAACCCAAAACAAACUCAAAUGUAAAAAUAGCAAUAUUUACAGUUCAAUGAAAAAAUAUACCUGUAUAGUAGAGAUAGUAGAGACAACUGCAUUGCUGGUCUGGAUUUUUCCAAAUGGAAUCAGUCCUUUUCAUGUGGACAUUCGGAUGACUGUAGCUUUUUGUGGCAAAGUUUCUGUGACGUUAAGAAUCAUAUGCUAUACACAAAGCUGAAUCUCAAAUGUGAGUGAGUUGUCUGUAAACGAGGCUCUGUAGACAUUUUUAUGAGCAAUAACUAAUUUUAGUUGCAAUGCUGGGUUUAAAUUCCAUCGUUUACUUGGUUCAACCUUCAUGAUAUUUGGCUCUUACUUUGUAAUCUGAUUCAUUUAUUAAUUGCAUGGCAUGAUCUAGUAGAGCUGUGAAUUUGAAGCUCCCCUGGCUUCCCUGUGAUUUACAGGUGCUCAGCAGAGUUAAGACUAUGACUUCUGCUCAGUGUAGGAUAUUGGUGUUCUUUAUCUACUUCUGAAUGCUAAUGAAACUUCAGUCGUUGCAUUUUUGUGUAAGAAAUACUCACUUUGUAGAAAUCUGUGCUACGUAUGUGUGCAGUUUUGCAAGUAUGCAAAGUAUUGGGAAUUAAUGGCAGUAAAAGUCAUGAGAUGAAUAAUGUAGGGAGGCUCAAUAAUGUAGAAUGGCACUUCAAGUUAGUCACGCAAAGUUUACUCCCUUCUUUUUUUCCUGCAUUUGUUCUUCUUUGUCAAAAUGCAAAACAUAUGAUGGUUAUAAAAGCUAAAACUGCGACCAAAAUUCAGUCCAGAGGGCAACUGUUGUUUUGCUUAUGCAGAUCUGUUCUCAUCCUCUUGGAUAACUUCACAGGCAUUAGCGUUUUUCUCUACACAACACCUGUGUGAUGGGGAAGCCAGAAAAAAACAGCACAGAGGGAGGUAAUCUCAUCCUCUCAUGCUGGUUCACCUAGUGUCCUUGUCAUCUUCCUUGCUCCACAGGCUGCUCGAAUCCACAGAGGCUCUCCAGAGCGCUGGGGGAGCUGACCUUUUCCUUGUGCCAGAGCAGAGAGAUUUGUAAUUGGAAGCUUCUCUCCUGAGGAACACUGCAAGUCAAAGAGGAAAGAAGGAUUAAUUAUAGCAGUCCCACAAAGCUAGCUCGUAGGGAUGGGAUUUGCCCUUGUUUUGAGGAGUAGUGCAUGGUUGCCUUUCACCACAUACAAAUGAGAAACAUGAUUCUGCCUCCCAAGCCUCUGCUGUGACCUCCAGUGAGGAUGUUGUCUCUUCCAGAAAUAUGUUCUUAAAUUAAGACUGUGCAGCACAGGCCAGAAAAUCCUACUGGAAGUCAACGACAUAGGUUUGCCCGCAGCUGUCAGGCCAAACUCUAACAUGGUUUGCAGUACUUGACAGGUGCUAUAUAACACACCUGUGAACGAACUCUUUAGAGUAGGGCCAGAGCUGUGUGUAUGAAGGUGCCGACCUCACUUGCACAGAAGGAUUGCUUGACAGCUAGCCACUUU